ACCACUUUAGUUUACCGGAAAUAAAUUGUACAGCAGCAGGAUACCGCUUGCUAACUUGACCACUGCUAUGCUGUGGAUAAGGGAGUUUUACUGACGUUUCUAAUUAGAAAUCGACCUUCUCCGACCUUCCCGUGGCAGACUGUAGCUCCCCUUCAUCACAACUAGGGGCAGCAUUGCAGAGACCACACAACAGCUUGACACAUCAGGACUGGGUUCAGAGGAUGUCUUCGCCAGUAUACUACAACCAUGACAGCGCCAUCCGCUUCAAGAAGAGGAAAGCUCGUUUCUCUUUCAGUGAGGUCCACGUGCUGCUUGAUGAAGUCAGGAAGAAUCGUUCGGUUGUCGUGGGCAAAUUCAACCGAGGAGUACCAACGGACACAAAGAAGCGUACAUGGGCAGAGAUAACGGCACGUGUCAACGAGAUCGGGGAGUGCCAACGUGAGGUCAUAGAGGUCAUCAAGAAAUGGUCUGACCUAAAGUGUGACACCAAACGUAAAGUUGUUGCUAUGCGGUCAGGGACUGUACCAAACAGGGGGCUAAAUUCACGCCUCUCCAGAGACCUCAGUCAGACAGAGAAGAUCGUCCUUCAGAUUCUUGAGAUGGAUGAGGACGACCAGAGCACUGGAGAAUGUGGUCUGCUGGGAGAUGAUGAUGAUAAUCCUGAAGAAGAGGAGAUGGAAGAGGAGGAUAUGAUGGGCAUGCAGAGUUCUCCUAACGGCAGGGUGGACUUGGCAUCCAUGCGCCCCCCACCUUCCUACGGCGACUCAUCCCAGCCUGCGUAUGAUUUCCAGUAUGAGGUCCCUCCAGCAGAAGAUACUGAAACCCCAUUUGGAGAUUCAGACGAUGAUCAGCGAGAAGACGUGCUUCCUUCUACUCAGCCAGCGAAAUCCGCUGAAAUGCAUCAAGUUAACAAUGGCAUCCAUAAACCUGUGCAACCCCAGAUGUCUUCCACGUUGCAGGCCUCUGCAGCCUCCCUGCCUAACUCGGGUCAGCAGCCACACAACUCAAGGGACAGCUUGCUGCAGAACGCCUCCUUGAGCCUGCAGGAGCAGCAUGCCACCAAUAUGCUGCUGGAGACUGUGUCACGCUCCCUGGAGCUGCUGGCAGAGUCGGUGCAGCAGCUGGCAGAGACCCAGCAGGAGUUUGUGCGCGAGUCACUGCAGCUGCAGAGGGAGACAGUGCAAGUUCUUAGAGACUUCACAGGUGGAGCAAUCUCCCUAAUGCAUGACAAACUGAAUGGACGGCCAGCUUUAUAACACAUCCAAGAGAUGUAGAGAAGCUGCAUCAGUGACUUUGGACCUGGCUGUCAGAUGCAGGAACAUGAGGUUAUGGCGGUUAUCAUGUCUGCUUACUGUACUCAAUUUGAACACUAUUGGUACAAACAGAUAAAACCGUGACAAGUUCUUUUUUUUUAUUUCCUACUGAGGGCAGUGGUGAAGGAGGGUUCCUCCCACUUCAUUUUUAAAUUAAACAGCACAUUCUAAGUUGGAUUUAUAUUUGUUCAUGGUUAGAAAAAAACAAAGUGACUAUUCUUCAAAGAAAUUUUGAACUGUCAUUUUGGGUGGUUUUUCUGUAGGUUUCCUUUUCCCCCUGUGUCUAGACAUUUCCACAUGUACUGUAAUGGUUGAGUGGAGGUCUGCACCUGACCAUCAUAUGGUCCUAUAUCCUGGAACUAAACAAGCUGUGGCUCCAAGCAUUGAACAAAGCUAUAUGUGAAGAGUUGGUAACUGUCUGAUCUCCGUUUUUAUAAACAAAUGCUUGAAUUGAAGAAUUCAAGUGAAUUCUUUUACUUAUGGAAUAAACCCAGCUGUAGUAAAACUGAA